UGAAGUAUGUCUCGGCAGCAGGCAUUGCUGUUGAAUCUAGUGACUGUAUACAGUCGAUGGUUGAAUCAGGGUUGCUCGAGUCUGCGCAGGCUUGACUCCCCUCGAACCAGUCCAGUCGUAUGUUGACCGCCUACCGUAAACUCUUUCACAGACAUUAAGAGACUUGUUCAAUCAUUCAUUUGCACAUCUUUUAUGGCAGUAAAGACCGCAGGGAAAUCUACUUCUCUCUUUAGAACACACACAAUCUUGCUGAGUCGCCAGGCGAUAACCUAUAAAUAUGUUGCUGUCACGAAUUCGCCUGCCAUGGUUUUCUGUGUUCAAGGCUCAGGUUACAACACCGACUCGGUUGCAACGUUCAUGCGCACCUCUGGCCAGUAAACGCUGGCAGCACACACCUCCUAAUCCAAGCCCUUGCACCUGGAAGGCCAAGGAGGACUGUUUCGAGCUUAAAUAUGGCGGACUGGUCAUGCAGUUUGACUACGUGUGGCUGAGGGACCACUGCCGCUCUUCUUCCUGUUAUAACAGCAAGACCAAUCAACGGAGCCUGGACACUGCCAGCAUUGACCUCAGCAUACGCCCAGAAAAGACCAGGGUUGACGAUGAGAGCCUUUUCUUCACAUGGCCAGACGGUCACACUACACAAUAUAAGCUGGAUUGGCUAGUGCAGAACAGCUAUGAGGGUCAGAAACACAGUGCCAUGCACCCAAGGAGCCCAUGGAAGGCCAGCAGCUACACACGUGCUGAUGUGCGCUCUGCCAAAUGGGACAAGUUCCUGAGCUGUGACCAAGAGCUGAAACUCUUUCUCAGCAAUUUCUUGCUGUACGGCAUUGCCUUUGUGGAGGAUGUGCCUGCGACCGUGGAGGCCACAGAAAGGUUGACGCAGAGAGUCAGCCUCAUUAGGGAGACCAUGUACGGUAAAAUGUGGAGUUUUACCUCUGACUAUUCCCGAGGAGACACAGCCUAUACCAAACUGGCAUUAGACCGCCACACCGACACUGCAUAUUUCCAGGAGCCUUGUGGGAUCCAAGUGUUCCACUGUCUUCGACACGAGGGCACGGGUGGCAGGACGCUGCUCGUGGACGGCUUUCAUGCGGCAGGCCAAAUUCUUCAGAAGUCACCCGAGCUCUUUGAGAUCCUCUCACAAGUGCCAAUAAAGCACGAGUACAUCGAGAAUCUCAGUGAUCACAGCAACCACAUGAUCGGUAUUGGGCCCGUGCUAAACGUGUACCCCUGGAACAAUGAAGUCUACAUGAUUCGGUAUAAUAAUUAUGACCGUGCAGUGAUCAACACGGUCUCACAGGAUGUGGUUCAGCGUUGGUACAGGGCUCAUCGUGAGCUGACCUCCGCGCUGAGAGAUCCCGAGAACGAGCUGUGGGUGAAGUUGACGCCGGGGAAGGUCAUCUUUAUUGACAACUGGCGUGUUCUGCAUGGACGAGAGUCGUUUACAGGCCUGAGGGAGUUGUGUGGCUGCUAUCUGACCCGUGACGAUGUCCUCAACACUGCACGCUCACUGGGGCUCCGCGCUUGAACACAUCGGCUCUCCACUCAAAACCAAAGCAGCUCACAUAGAUUGGUGUAGAGAUCAUAGAAUGUUCCCUAUUAAAUCAAAUGGCACUGGGCACAUUGCAGUUCUGUCACUGAAAAAGUUGAGUCAAUAAUUGAAUCGGUACUUUUCCUAACAUUGUUUACAUUGAUUGCAAUAGUUUUUGUCAGUAUGCAUACUCUUUUUCACAAUAUCACUACAUUGUCAUGAAAGUGCUACUUUCUACAUUCUGAUUUGCACUGAAUUUGAUUAAGUAAUUAAGUAUCCUUUAAACUUGACUUCGGCUUUGUUUCCCACACUGAUUCAAGUUCAAGUAAAUUGUGUGUAAAUAAAAACAUUUUAAAGCAACA